AUGUAUCACGAUGGUCGUGGGCUCGGGUCGUUAUCUAAUAUAGAUAGGGGUGAUGACCUUGGUCGGAGAGAUGGUAGGAGGAUUAGGGGGUUGGAUGAUGUGGCGAGCGGCUCCCUCGUUUCCUCGUAUAAUAUUACUAGAGGAAACGAGUGGGGAGUGGGAGCCGAGGUGGCGAGCGGAGAACCGUCCGAUGGGACAAAUGGACGGCUCGGAUUCAAUCCGAGGCAAUACCUCCGGAUAGUGGAGAAGAGCAUGAGGUGUCGGAUGACGCCAUUGAAGAAGUCCUCUCGUUUACGGGAGAAGGACACUUUCCUAAUUCCCGAUAAGGACUAUUGGGCCGAAAGGGCUUCUAAGCCCAAAACGAGGCGGUCCAGAAGGGUGUACCUUUGGGCUUCAAAGGUCUAA